AUGUUGGCCGAAGAACUUAAUAGUAAAGAAUCACGUGAACUUCUGUCGGCAGUAGAUCGAAUGCGAGAAAUUUUACAGGGAAAUCAAAUUUGUUUACCAGAAAUAGUCGUUGUCGGUGACCAAUCUGUAGAAUUACGUAUGAAAGUAACAACAGGUGAUGAAUAUGCUAUUAUACAUAAUAGUCAAACUCCGGUAGAUGCAAUGAAAACUAUCUAUGACAUGGAAGAUAUUGCUGAUGAAGUUAUUCGUCUAACCAAUGAUAUUGCAGGAAAUGGAACUAAUGUUAGUUCACAUCCAAUCUAUUUGACAGUUUACAAGCGUAAUAUACCAUAUGAUUUGACAUUGAUUGAUUUACCGGGUAUAACUCGAAAUCCUUUACCUGGUCAAGCAAAAGAUAUUCAUGCUCAAAUUUUAACCUUAAUUAACAAGUAUAUCGAACCAUCAACUGCUGUUGUUUUACAUGUAAUUCCAUCGUCUGUUGAUUUUUCAACAUCGGAAUCGACGAAAUUAGCUAAAGAAUUUGAUCCUGAUUGUGAACGACAACUAAUUGCUGUUUCAAAAAUUGAUAAAUAUGAUAAAGGUAUAGCCAAAAAAUUAGUUGGCGAAGGACCAGGUUCAAUGAAACUUCAAUUGGGUUGUGUUGCUGUACUAAAUCGAAAUCAAGAUGAAAUUGAUUCAAAUGUUUCAUUUGAAGAAAUGAAGGAACGUGAAAGGCAAUUUUUCAUAAAACAUCGUGAAGCUUUUCAAAAUUUAUCUGAUGAAUAUAAAGGUGUUGAUCAAUUAGUCAAAAAAUUAGCUACAAUUCAACAUAGUCGUAUUCGUUCAACACUGCCUGAAACUAUUGAAAAAUUAAGAAAUCAAAUUCGUAAUAAAAGGCUCGAGCUUAAAAAUAUUCCAAUGGCUAUGACAACCGAACAUGAAUGUUGGAGUAAAUUUCAAUCAAUGAUCGAUGCAUUUCGUGAAAGUAUUCAAGCUAAAGUCAAUGGUGAUUAUGAUUGUGAAAUACGAAGUAGUAUGUUUAAUGUAAAUAGUAAUGCAUCUGGAAAUACAAAUAAUACUACAACAGAAGCUUCGAGUCGUACCAAAGUAGCAUUUGUUUCUGUAUCUGGUGAUGAUCAUAUAGCAUAUCAUCUUUAUAAAUUUCUACAAAAAUUUCAGGAAGCACUACGCAAUAGUUUUUCGGAUUUUUCUACUGUUGAUUAUCCCUUUCCGGCCGGCUACUCGAAGACAGCAAGCAAAAAUUUCAACUUCUAUAUAUUCUUUGUCUUUUAG